AUGACAUCUCCGAGCCAACAAGACAUAUAUGCGACUGAGCAGCUUGCUUUAAGAUUUGAGGACAAGAUAUAUAUGGCUGCCACAAGUCAGGAGGAUUAUAUGCGGCGGAUAACUUCGAAGAUGGCGUCAGUGAAGACAUUACCUCCGAACUUUGCAAUUAAUUGUUUGCCAAUAGAUGCUGCCUGUCCUGGUGAAAAUUCUGGGGAUCAAGCACGUCAGCCAUCAUCCAAGAGCAUUCUAAAUAGUAUUGCAUCUGCUAGAGUACGAGGUAUUGCCAGUGCAAAAUCGGCAAUGACUCCUAUUGGUGGUUCAACCCAGACGUCCAUGCCCAUAGCUGUUGGCCAGAGGUCCAACUUGCAAUACAUUUCUGGCAUUUCACAGGAUCCUGUAGAAAUUUUAGUUGGACAAGGGAGGCCUUUCGAUAGUUGUGCCAAUUCUCAGAGGCAGGAGCAGGGAGGGGAACAAUCAAUGACGGUUGUUACCCAACAACUUCAGCAUCAAUCUCAGAUUUCGCAGCAACAUCCUUUCAAACAACAAGUACAAAAUCAGCUUUUGAAGAAGGAUUUCAAUCAGGGGGUUAUCUCUUGCGCAAACGUGCAAACUGAGAACCAGCGGACCACCUUUUCAACUCCUCAGAUGCAGUCUCCCCGGCAGACUGUCAUGAAAACACCUUCUGUUAUGCAUCUUUCUUUGGGACAGUCAGUUCCGUUACCUGGUCUUCCACAGAAUCAGCAGUAUUCUGUUAGACAGUCUAAACAACCUUUACUUGAGCAAGAUCCUCAGUCUUUAAGGAAACAGCAACAGCCACAACAGGCUCCAGUUAAUAAUCAAGAAGUGCCAUUGCUGCGACAACUAAUGUUGCCACCAGAGCAGCAACAACAGUUUAUGGGACAGCUACCAGAUUCAACUGACAUUCAACUGGANUAG